CCUAGUGCAAACCGCAACAGUGCGAAUGCCGUGGUGCCACGGGCUCCCCGCCCGCAGCCCAGGGAGGAGCCGAGCCGAGGGCGCCCGGCGUCCCGUGUGGGAACCGGAGCGGAGCCCCGGCUCUAACUGGCCGCGCUCUGAGGCGCGCGGGGCUGCGCUUCACCCCUGAUUGGAGGUGAGGAGGCUGAGAGGCCUGACCAAGCGGGCCCCGCGGCACAGACAGGGGGGCCGCCAGGGGCGCCACAUCCGAGUCCUGACAGCCCUGUCUCCACCUACGACACCCGAAGCGCUGCUACUGGCAACGCCACACUUCCGUCACUUUGGAGAGUUCCAGGGGCCCCGGGCCCGGCCCGAUCGCGCAGGGCGGAGGCGGAGGUCGGAGGCUGGGAACGGUGCCCAGGGGGAGGGGGGAGACUGAGGCAGGAGGCCCGUGACCCCCAGUCCGCGGGGCCCGUCGCGGUGCUCGCAGGGAGGAAAAACAAUCCUGAGAGGAGAGACCCUGCUCGGGCAGCGGGCUCGGGCGGGACUCCGGAGCGGCCGAGCCGACCUCCAGCCGCAGCCGUCCGAUCCCGCGCGCGGCGCCUGCAUCGCGGGCGGGCCCCUCGGCGGCCGGGCGCGGUUUCCCGGGGACGCGUUUCCCGCCGCACCGCGGGCCGCCCGGACCUCCCUGGCGGACGUACCUUCCGGCGGCCCAGGCGCGGAGCCCUGGGCCCGGCUGCGGCCCGGCGGGGGCCCCGGAGUGGCGGUUCUGGACCCUGCGCGAGCCCGGAGCCCCGCUCGCCGCCGCGGGAGGACCCCGCCCGACGGGGGCCCAGGCUCGGGCCGACUCAGACAUACCAGACGCACAGCUGGGCACUUAGUUACUAAAGCGACGACGCUGCCUAAGUUGCAAAACGAGGUGAGCGCUGGCUGAGAAAGCCCCGCUCCCUGGUGCCGGGUGGUGUCGGUCUGGGCCAGGCCUGUACGGAAGGUGGGCCCCUCCAGUGUGGAGAUGCCGAAGCUGGAAGGCUUUGAGUUCUGGAGCCGUACCCUGGGGGGGGCUCGGCACGUGGUGGCCCCCAUGGUGGACCAGAGCGAGCUGGCCUGGAGGCUGCUGAGCCGCCGCCACGGGGCCCAGCUCUGCUACACCCCCAUGCUGCAUGCCCAGGUCUUCGUCCGUGAUGCCAACUACCGGAAGGAGAACCUGUACUGUGAAGUGUGCCCCGAGGACCGGCCCCUCAUUGUGCAGUUCUGUGCCAACGACCCAGAGGUGUUUGUCCAGGCAGCUCUCCUGGCUCAGGGCUACUGCGAUGGCAUCGACCUGAAUCUGGGUUGCCCGCAAAUGAUCGCCAAGCGAGGUCACUACGGAGCCUUCCUACAGGAUGAGUGGGACCUGCUCCAGAGCAUGAUUCUGCUGGCCCACGAGAAACUGUCUGUCCCUGUUACGUGCAAAAUCCGUGUCUUCCCAGAGAUUGACAAGACCGUGAGGUAUGCCCAGAUGCUGGAGAAGGCUGGCUGCCAGCUGCUGACAGUGCACGGGCGCACCAAGGAGCAGAAGGGGCCUCUGUCGGGCUCCGCGUCCUGGGAGCACAUCAAAGCUGUGCGCAGCAAGGCCGUGGCAAUCCCUGUGUUCGCAAAUGGGAACAUCCAGUGUUUGCGGGAUGUAGAGCGCUGCAUCCAGAUCACGGGGGUACAGGGCGUCAUGAGUGCAGAGGGCAACCUACACAACCCCGCCCUGUUCGAGGGCCGCAGCCCUGCCGUGUGGGAGCUGGCCGAGGAGUACCUGGACAUUGUGCGACAGCACCCUUGCCCCCUGUCCUACGUCCGGGCCCACCUCUUCAAGCUGUGGCACCACACGCUGCAGGUGCACCAGCUGCUUCGAGAGGAGCUCGCCAAAGCCAAGACCCUGGAGGGUGUCACGGCCGUGAGCCGGGAGCUGAAGCUGCGGUGUCAGGAGGACAUGUCCAGGCAGAAGGAGGGGGAGAAGCCCGCGGGCGGCCUGCCUUUCUUCCACUGGAUCUGCCAGCCCUACUUCCGGCCAGGGCCCAAGGAGGGGAGCAAGAACGGGGGUGCUUGCAGCAAGCGGGCCCUGGAGGAAGAAGAGGGCAACACGGACGUCUUGUCCAAGAAUAAGCAGAAGAAGCAGCUGAGAAACCCUCACAAGACCUUCGACCCUUCGCUGAAGCCAAAAUACGCCAGGUGUGAUCAGUGUGGGAACCCAAAGGGCAACAGAUGUGUGUUCAACCUGUGCCGGGGCUGCUGCAAGAAGCGAGCUUUCAAAGAGACCGCGGACUGCCCAGGUCAUGGAUUGCUUUUUAAAACCAAACUGGAGAAGUCUCUGGCCUGGAAGGAGGCCCAGCCCCACCUGCAGGACCCUCAGCAGGCAGGGCCGGGGGAACCUGGUGGCUUGCCUGAGGUCGUGGGCGGUGCGCUGGCCUGAUGGGCCCCAGGACUGCUGCCGAAACGCCUUCACUCAGGGAGUCCCCUGCUGCUUCACAUGGAAGGACCAGCUGACAGUCUGCCCCUCGCCUGCCCUCCUGCCCGCGCUGGGGGUCCAGAAAUGCUGCACCGGCGAGCAGGCUCCCAGGCUGGACCUGCCCUGUCCUGGCAACUUGUAUGUGUUCAAAAGUAAACAAUAAAUCACUUCAAAGAUG